UUAUGUCAUAUUUAGCCACUAAAAGCAAUUAUACGUGCAUUGGCAGUUGAUUAUUUUAUAUAUUGCAGAAUGGCCGAAGGGAGCACCUUCCCGUCGUUUACAGAUGGUUCUGAUGCCUGUGCUGAAAACUGUUGCACACCAUGUGGAGAGGACAAUGUCAAUGAAGAAGCUGUGAAAUAUUGUCCUGAGUGUGACGAGUAUCUCUGUACAAGAUGUACAAGUCAGCAUACUUGGCGGAAUGCUACAAAAUCACACAAGCUGGUUGAUAAAAAAGAUGCCAAACACAGCCUUUCUGGUGUUAAAACCAAAUGCCUCUAUCAUUUGGACCGAGAUAUAGAGAUGUUUUGCAGAACACAUGACAUGGUUUAUUGUACCAUGUGCAUAGCAACAGAUCAUAGAGCUUGUGAAUAUGUAGACAAAAUUGAGUCCAAGUUUAUGUCCAGUGUAAAUCACACCGAGAUUAAUCGCCUAUCUGAUGAAAUAACGACAGCUAAGGAAACCUUAAUAAAUGCAACAGAGAAACAAAAGCACAAUCUGUCUUCACUCGAAGAUGAAAGGAAAGACAUAGACAAGACAUUGGAUGAUAUUGAGGAAAAAAUGAUACAGCGCAUCAGAAAAUUGAAACAAGAGGCAAUGCAAUCUGUAACCAAAAAGUAUGACAUGAUGAAAUUGGGACUUGAGCAUGAAAUUAGCACAUCGUCCAAUAUGAUUGAGUCUUUGAAGAAGGGUUAUCAGCAACUGAAGUCAAUGGAUAGUCUUACCACAGAGCAGCAAUUUAUUUACUUGAAACUGACAAGGAAUACUAUUGAAAAAGGCAGAAAAUUAUAUGCACAAUCCGUUUCUAAAGGAAUAUGUUCAAUCAGUUUCACAGCUAAUAAUGCAUUUGCAGAAUUUGUUUCAUCAGUUGAUUCGUUUGGUCAGGUUCAAGAAGGCAAGCAAUUGACAAAACCAAAGCACAACAAAGUGAAGGCAAUUAAAGAUUAUAAUGUGAACAGUGACACAACUACAUGUACAAUCUCUGAUAUAUGUCAACUACCAGACGGUAGAAUCGUGUUAACAGAUUAUACAAACAUAAAUGUUAAAAUGCUUGACAUUAAAUACAACGUCGUAGACAGUUGCGUAUUAGAUAACAAUCCCACUGGCAUAUGUUGUAUCAGCAGCAAUGAAGUUGCUAUUAAGAUUACCAACAACACAGUCCAGUUUGUAUCUGUUGAAUCAUCUCUGUCUAAAACAAGAUGUAUUUCAAUAUCAGGCGGGUGUUAUUAUGGAAUGACAUAUUGUGAUGGUAGACUUUGGGUAUCUACAGGUGAUGGUAUUAACAUAUAUAACACUGCAGGAACUUUGAUCAAAUCUGUUGAAAAAAAGCACAAUGGUAAUAGGAUAUUUAAAUCAAUUACCCAACAUAUGUCUGUCACUGGUGAUACUGUGAUCGUUGCUGAUUCGUGUGAUGGUGCUGUAUGUUUUAACAAGGAUGGUACAGUGAUGAGGGAGCUGAGGGACAGUAGAUUGAAGAACUCUGUUGGUGUAUGUGUAGCUGAUGAUGGUAUCGUUUUUGUGUGCGGAUUCAAUUCCAACAAUAUCGUGAUGUUUAGCAAGGAUGGGUUGUGUAAAGGAGAGAUAGUAGCGGCAAACUGUGGUUUAAUGUACCCUAUAAAUAUUUGCUUUGAUAAAAAAAGAAACACGCUCAUUGUGAAUUCUAACUAUUCCAUUACAAUAAAAGUACUCGAGUUGGAAGAAUAAAGCAUGUUUGCAUGUCCGUUGAAUAUCAAAUAGACAUUUGUAGGGAUAGGUGAACUAAGGUUUAUUAUUAAUUGGUAACAUGUCACAAGUUUUGUUUAAAUAUGAAAUUAAUGUAGACUAUGUUGUGUGAUUUUAUUUAUUAAAUCUUUCUUUCAUAUCCCGAUCCCUGGGCUGAGAGGCAGAAAAAAGAAUAUCGCUUUUUAACAGUUUAAUAUAAUUGUAUAUUUAGAAAUAUAACUAGUAGUAAUUACUUUUAAAGGAAGUGUUUUUAUCUAUAAUACAACUUAAUACAACUAGAAUACCAUGUCAUGUGAAUUUUGUAUUGUUAUAAAAUUAUGUUGCACUAUACUGAUGUAACUUUAAAAUGUGAGUUAAUAAAUGAUAUGUUAUAUUCUGUGCUGAAAUAGUUUUUAGAAAUGUGUCUAUCAAUGUUAUGCUAUGUAUGUUACAUAUAUAUUUGUAUUCAAAUAUUUAAUUGAUUUUGUUUGUUUGUUUGUUCUUUUCCCAUUGCAUUUUGAAAAUGUAGAUUUCGGUUUUACUGCAAUCA